UAAUGUCAAAAUUUAAUCUCCGUACUAUGUCCUCUUUCGAUGAUAUCAGAAUCUCAGAGGACCCUUCCCUUCAUCAUCGAAAUUCUCUCUCCAAAAAAGCGAGUUCAUUGAAACAAGAGAGUGCAACAAUUCUGAAAAAUUCUUUUUACACAGAUUUGCUUCCGUAUAACAACGAUGGCCCUAACGGGCAUAGUACAAAGAUCACGGAAUUAUUUUUGAAACAAAUUUUUGACCUAGUCAUAAACUACAUCAAUUACGAAAAUAACAGGGAUUCUAAGGUUUUGGAUUUUACCAAACCCGAGGAUUUGAUGAAACUGAUUGAUUUCAACAUUCCAGAUGGUUCCACAAAUAACGAAGAUACUAGUAAGAAGGGCAAAAAACAUAUUAAAAGUUUGUCGGAUGUGAUAGAGCUCUGCAACUUAGUACUUAAAUAUCAAGUUAAAACAGGGCAUCCCCGGUUCUACAAUCAAUUAACAAGUGGAUUAGAUAUCUUAAGUUUAGCCGGAGAGAUUUUAACCGCCGUGACUAAUUCCAACAUGUUCACAUACGAGAUUUCCCCGGUGUAUGUCCUCAUGGAACAAUUUGUGAUUAAUAAAAUGUGCGAAAUCAUUGGAUUUCAUAAUGCUGAUGGGAUAUUUUCACCUGGUGGAACUAUCUCUAAUUUGUAUGCUGUGGUAUGUGCUAGAUACUGGUCUAACCCAUCGACUAAGCAACGGGGAAAUUUUUCAUUGGAUAAACGUUUAAUUAUUUUCACUUCUCAGCACAGCCAUUAUUCCAUCAAAGGAGCUGCGGCGGUGUCAGGAAUCGGAACAGAUAAUCUAAUCAUCAUUGAAUGCGAUGAAAAAGGUCACAUGUUGAUCAAAGAUUUGGAACAAAAAAUUAUAGAGCAUUUGAAAAAAGGGAACCGUCCGUUAAUGGUUAACGCUACUUCUGGAACCACGGUUUAUGGGAGUUUCGAUUUAUUAGAACCUAUCGGUGAUAUGUGUCGCAAAUACGGUUUAUGGUUUCACGUGGACGCGUCAUGGGGUGGUGGAGCUCUAUUGUCACGUAACCACAGAAAUUUAUUGAAAGGGAUAGAAAUGGCAGAUUCCGUUACUUGGAACCCUCAUAAAUUAAUGGGUGCUUUAUUACAAUGUUCAGCUUUUCUAAUCAAACACAAAGGCCUCUUAUAUGAGUGCAAUCAAAUGUGUGCAGACUACUUAUUUCAAAAGGAUAAACCAUACGAUGUUAAUUACGACACCGGGGAUAAAUCAAUUCAAUGUGGUAGACAUGUAGAUGUUUUAAAACUAUGGAUUAUGUGGCAGGCAAAGGGAAUGUUUGGAUUCGAAAAGCAAAUAGAUUAUCUAUGGGAUAUGACCAAAUUUUUUGUGGAUGCAAUCAAAGAUCGAGAAGGUUUCGAAUUAAUAAUUGAAGAACCUGAAUGCACAAACGUAUGUUUUUGGUAUUUGCCUCCAUCAAUCAGGGAUAUGAAAGAAAGUGAAGAAAAAUAUGCCUUACUAGAAAAGGUUGCCCCAAUUAUAAAAUGUAAGAUGAUGGAAGAUGGAACUAUGAUGAUAGGCUACCAGCCUUUACUCGAUAAAGUGAAUUUUUUCAGGAUGAUAAUCUCGAAUCCGGCCGUAGUAAAAGAAGAUUUGAUUUUCGUAGUUGAAGAAGUCGAAAGAUUAGGGCGAAAUAUAGUCUUUUAAUCUUUAUUUGUAUAUAUAAUUUUAUUUUAAUGGUUUAUUUAUUAAU